GAGCCGAAUUCCGUCCCCGAUCUAAACAAAUGAGAGGAACAGAGGGAGUAAAGUAAUAAAGUAAGGUUUACCAACCCUGCUUCGAGUUGCACAUGUUCACAUAUAUAUCAAACUCCUCCUUGUCCUUAACACCAUUUUGUCAACUUCUCAGCAUGCCUUGUUUGAACGUCGCGGUGAUCGGAGCGGGCGUCGGCGGCUUGUGCGCCGGCCGCGAGCUUCAACGAGCAGGCCACCGAGUCACAAUCUUCGAAAAGCAAAACCAACUCGGUGGAACAUGGGUCUAUGAUCCACGAGUUGAGUCAGAUCCCCUAAGCCUUGACCCUAAAAGAGAGAUCAUUCACAGCAGCCUCUACGCUUCGCUCCGAACAAAUUUUCCGAGACACGUGAUGGGCUUUUCCGAUUUCCCGUUUACGAAAAUUUACGAAGAUUCCAGGGCAUUUCCGUCGCACGAGGAGGUGCUGAGGUUUUUGAACGAUUUUGCGGAGCAGUUUGGGCUUGUUGAGUUGACUCGGUUGAACACGGAAGUGGUCCGAGUUGAGCUGAAGGAGGAUGAGUGGGUUGUUGAGUCAAGAAUGGGCGAGUUGACUCGGGAGGAGGCUUUUGAUGCGGUGGUUGUUUGCGUGGGGCAUCACACUGAGCCCCGGGUGGCUAAUUUUCCAGGCAUUGAGAAAUGGCCAGGAAAGCAAAUCCAUAGCCACAACUACCGUAAUAAUAAGCCAUUUCGUGAUCAGAUUGUAGUUGUGAUUGGAGCUGGACCUAGUGCUAUGGAUAUAUCCAUAGAAAUCGCAAAAGUUGCCAGAGAAGUUCAUCUUUCCACGAGAUCGUCUUCUAUGUUAUCGAAAUUGGCAAUUUUUGCAAAACUGAAUAAGCACCCUGAGAUAGAUUACGUCGAUGAAAGUGGUAGAGUAGUUUUUGAGGACGGAUCUUCAGUUGAGGCAGAUAUACUAUUUCAUUGCACUGGCUACAGGUACAAUUUUCCAUUUCUUAAAACAAACAACAUUGUAACUGUGGAAGAUAACCGAGUUGGACCAUUGUACAAACAUGUGUUCCCUCCUGAGCUUGCCCCCAGGCUCUCCUUCAUUGGAAUCCCAUAUGCGACAACGGGAAUUCCUUUGAUGGAACUACAAGCAAAAUGGUUAUCACUAGUUUUAUCAGGCCAGCGACUUCUACCAUCAAAAGAGACAAUGAUGGCUGAUACCGAAGACUUCUACAAAUCCUUAGAGCUACGUGGGAUCCCUAUUCGUCACACUCAUUCUCUUGUGAUGAAGUUUGAGUACCCAAAUUGGUUAGCUGAUCAGUUGGGGUUACCUGGUAUAGAUGAACAGAUAAAGAAGAUACAAGGACAAGUUUUCAAGAUUCUUUUGAGCUCAGAAGGAAGUGAUCUCAGAGAGUGGGAUGUCGAUAGUUGGCUAGAUUCAAUAAAUUAACUGUUAGUAAUAAGUCAUCAUAAUCUGGUUCAAUAUGUUCAUCAUCAUUGGAAUGUAACUGUAACUUAAAAUUGUUCAGGGAUAUCAAUUUUCAAGUGUUCUAACAUAAGAGUUUUGUGUUUUUAAA